UUCAGCACGAGUUCAAACGUAAAAAUGCCGAUAAGUAUGUCAAUAUAUAAAUACCGAUGAUUACCAAUACAAAGAUAAAAGCGUUGACAAAAAUACGUGAUUCGAUCCAUUCAGUGUUAUGAUGUACCCUGAGGACGAGGAUAUCGAUCGACUGGAAAAAUGGGGAUAUAGUCUGGAGAUUGAAAUCUGGCCUAGGAUGUACUUAUAGAUGGGCAAAUAUGAAAUGUCACGAUAAAGUUCAUUAAAGUAUAAGAAUGGAGAAGGAGAUAGAUCAACAUGCAAUUUCCCUCAGUGCUAUUAGUGCUUAUGAUGUUGACCAGGAGUUGGCCACAAGUCUGGAAACAUCAUAUGAAAAAGCUCUACGUUCAAGCGACCCUGUAUAUAGGGCCAAAUGCUUUUAUGAAAUACAAACAUGUCGUGAAUUAGGGAACACAGAAGAUCAAUGCCAUAUAGGUGUAUAUGUUAACAAUUCAGUAUCGACAUAUCAUGGACAUAUAACCAAAACUAUAAAAGAUAUUAACAUUGCAGCACCGGGUAUACACCUUUACGAAACCGAUGCUAGCCAUGCCAAAAUAACAAUAGGUGAGGGGAAAGGAAAAGGAUGCUACACCCAAGGCAUCUUUAAAGGACCAGACGGUGCUUAUGUUCAUUUAGACACAGAUUGGAGUGAUAACUGGAAAGAACAAACUACCAUACACGAAUUACUUCAUGCAUUGGGGUUUCAGCACGAGUUCAAACGUAAAGAUGCCGAAAAGUAUGUCAAUAUAAACACCGACGAUUACCAAUACAAAGACAAAGGCGAUCACCAGAGAAUACGUGGUUUGACAAGAUUCGAUCCAUUUAGUGUUAUGAUGUACCCUGAGGACGAGGAUAUGGAGCGACUGGAAAAUGGGGAUAUAGUCUGGAGACUGAAAUCUGGAACUACCCCAAAUAAACAGAUGAGUGAAUUGGAUAAAGUUGCUCUCAAUAUGGUGUUCCGACCAUGCAAAGGUAAUGACUAUAAUCCAAAGAUUGGACCUAUUACAGAUAUUUUAUAUUGUGGACGGAGUGUAAUGACUGGUAAUCAGCAAAUUACUCCUACCGGCACAGACGGACGAUGUGGGCCGGAUAACUGGGCUAACUGCCCGGCAUGCAGAGUACUAAUAGAUCGGACAAAGAUGAAAUGUCAAAGAAUGCACGAUAAAGGUAAAUGGCAGGGAUGGAGUGGGUUAUUUUACUGCGGAAAAAAGUUUACAACUCCAAAAAAGUAUGAUAAAAAUGGAAGAAGUUUGGAACAUGAUGGAGUUUGUGGACCAGAUAAUGGCCCACCAUGUAAUGAAUGUGGCCGUGAACUGUAUCCAGAAUACGAUUAUAGUAGAGAAGUUGAAUCCGAUGAAGACUGUGUUAUUCUUUAAAUGAACAAUCAUGCUUUCCAUUUGAAAAAAAAGGAAUGCUAUAUCGUGAACUGCUCAUUUUUAGAGAUUCGCGUAUAACUUUACUACAAACUUUUUUUGAGAUGUUAUGGUUUGUAGCUUUUAAAUGCAAAAUAUGUAUAUAAUAUGGUUUCAGAAAAUAUAAAUUUGCCUAUGUGAGAAAACUUGGUAUAUUUAUAAAGAAUAAGAUUACUCUUAGCUAUUUUUUAUUUCCCUAUUGCUUAAUCGUUAUAAGCAUGUUUCUUAAUAAAUAUUUUUCUGCAUGUCCGCCCGUUCUCCAAAAAGAUGUGCGUUUAUACAAAUUUUCAGCAACAGUUGGUAUAGUCGUAGUUUUUGAAACAAUCUUUAGCAAAAGAAAAAUUAUUUAAUGUUUUCAAACGCACUUGUUAUUGGAUAACUUAGUUCUGUGUUAUUACUUGAUAUUAGAAUAAAGUACAAUUUUCCACAAACAA